AUGAUACCUAUGGAGAAUAAUGUGGCAGAAAAAUUUAAUGGGCUAAUAUUAAAGUUCUGUGAUACUUCAACGUAUUGCGAUUCGCUGAAUUCAUUACAUGAAUGCAUGGAAACCAUAUUGAACGAAGGAUACCAAAUGAUAGAUGAUAUCAAUAUGAAUCAGCUAGACUCAGACGGACUCUAUAGUGCAUUUGAAAGCUAUCUUAUGGAUAUGACAUAUGAUGUAGCGUUUUUUAAAAUCACUCAAUUUCUACUGCCUCAAGACAGAAAAUUAAGUCUGGCAUUAGAAGAUAUGGAGCAAUUGGAUUUCAGCCAAAUUGCAUUGCCUGACUCUAUCAAAGAUGAACGAAGAAGAGUCCAAUUAGCUAUUGCUGUAUUUGAGAAAAUUGGUUCAUACAGAACACCAGCAGACAAAUUAGAUUGUUUGCUUCAGACUAUUUUUGAACUCACAAGAGAUGGUCCAGAUCACUUUCUUGAUUCCGAUUCCUUGAUUCCCUUGUUACUCAUGACACUGAUCAGGAGUAAAGUACCUCAUCUUACUGCCAACUUGGUGUAUAUGAAGAACUAUACAUUUGAGCGUAAUAUUGUGAGUGGAAGAUAUGGCUAUGCUCUUAGUACAUUUGAAGGUGUGCUAGACUAUAUUCUCACUACUUAUUCGGAUUUGUCUAUUCUGUCCAGAAAGAAUAUAAGGUUCUGGUCAUCUAUUAAGACGGGUGAUCUUGCUUGUGUCAAACGUAUGAUUCUUAACGAAUAUAACGCUACACAUGAUACUCUACGCGAUAUGGCAGGGAACACUCCACUUAUGCUUGCUUGUAUUCAUGGACAAACACACAUUGUAGCAUAUUUGCUUGAUACUUGCAGUACACGCAUAAGAAACGAUCAAGGAUCAACACCUCUUUUAUGUGCUGUACAACACAAUCAUUUGGAGACGACUCGAUUGUUGCUUCAAAGAGAUCCUUUUGGACUGGGCUCAAUUCUUGACAUGGACAAUAUGGGCUACACAGCAGCUUUAUAUGUCUGCGCUACUCAUCAAUCUGAUAUGUUGCGAUUAUUGAUUGAAUCAGCAAAGGAUAAAGCAUUACUUGAUCACAUCAACCCAAUCACUCAAGAAACAGCACUUCACAUUGCUGUUCGGAACAGACAAGGUUCUUUAGAUUUCUUACUCUAUAUCCUAAGUCAAAUGAACAAUACACUCAAAUCACACAAGAAUAGACAGGGCGAACUAUUUUAUCAUACAUGCAGUCAUGUUGAAUUUCUCAAGUACAUGUUAGAACACCAUGGUUUAUCAGACGAUGUGAUGAUUCACUAUUCUGUCGAUAUAAACAAUCAAUUGCCUAUUAUGAGUUGGGCUGCUCGAGGAAGACUGGAUCUUGUUGAACUUUUGAUAACAAAACUAAAGAAAAAACAAGUUUUGCAUGUAAACAAGGAUGGAAAGACACUGCUUCAUUUAAUUGCUACCUGUAUAGGCAAGAAAAACCAUGCUUCUUUUGGAGAAAACAGUUUGGAUUUUAUUGUGGAAAAACUCAAGGAUGCUGUUCAUAUCAGAGAUUGGGUGUAUGGUGAUACACCUCUUCACGCUGCUGUUCGAGUCAUACCUUCAUCACAAAACUUAAUGGCAGAUUCGAUUGCAUUUAUCAAAGCAUUGAUGAAGCAUGGUGUCAUCAUUGAUGCGGUUAAUUUGAGAAAUCAACGUGCACUUGAAAUUUGUAAAGUCCCUGAAAUGAUUGCUUGUAUCGAAGAAUCUUGCUUGAAAGCAGAAUCGAUUUCUAAUCAUAUGGCAAAAUGUAGUGCAUAUCAAUUUACUUGGGCAGUAACAAGAUCAGUGACACAAAUCAAUGAAAACAAACAAACAGAAACGUAUUACAUUAUCAAAAGUGGACAGAUAAACAAACCAGAUACAAUGCGAACAGUCAAAAGAAGCCUACAAGACUUUCUAUUUCUGCGUUCCGAGCUAUUAUAUGAAAUGCCUGAAGUAUUUUUACCAACAUUAGAGCACACUUCAGACCCAACAUUACCUCCUUUCAUGAUGGAGAAUACAUUAGGAAAGCUACAAGCAUUUAUGGAUUGGAUACUUGACCAUCCUAUUCUUCGAUACCAUGACUUGGUUCUUUCAUUCACUCGUUGUUCAACAAAUCUUCAGCGAACUGUGAUUAAAGACAAAUCAUUUUCGAGGCGAAAACUCUUGCUCGAGAAGAUCAAUGACACCAUUCCUUUUGUCAUUAGCAGUAAUGGGAAUGGUAGUGUGAUGAGCAGCAAAAAUGAAGAAUAUUUUUUAAGCUAUAUUCGACAGACCAUGUUGCCAUUAAAAGAACUCUAUUUAAAUGCAGUAUUGAACACCAAGAAAGCAUUAUUUGUUGGACAAGAAUUGGAAAGACAAAUGGCAGUUCUUGCUAAUAAAACAGCAGCAGCAAAGAAUGCAUCUGACAUGUUUUCACUUAAUUCAUUAGCGAUAGAGACCAUUCAAGUGUGUGCAAAUAUGACAUAUCAGCGGCCGUUUGUUUCCUUAUGGCCUCAUUUCUUAAAAGUCAGUGAGCUAAACGUUGAUGUUGUAGGAGGCAUUUUGAUAUCUCUACAAAAACCUUUUGAGCUACUUGAAAAAAGAAACCAAUUAAAAGAUAACAUAGAAGCUCAAAAAGAAGGUCUUCAGAUAUCCAAAAGUUGGCAAAGCUUGUUUUCAGCUAAAGAGUCUAAACGACGUGCUGAACUAGAAAAGAGCAAAAUGAUACAGAGUAUGAAUGAAUUGAACCAAACAGACGCUCAAAUUCAACAAUCGCACAAGAUGAUUUCCGAUGAGCUCGCACAUUUUCAAUGCAUACAUCCAAAGAAAAUGAUCAAGACACUUCGAAUGCUCGCUAAAUCAACCUUGGAAAUGGAGAAAAAUAAGCUUUUUGUGUUAGAUCAGACAUUAGCCAAGUGGCAAAAACCACUUCCACCUACACCUGUGUAA